CUUUGACACCCAGAGCUUUUUUGCUGGAUCCCUACUCAAAGUACGGUCCAUGGACCAGCAGCGGUGGCAUCACCUAGAGGCUGCUAGACAUACAGAACCUCAGGUUCCACCAAGUCCCACUGAACCAAAAUCUGCAUUUUAAAGAGAUCCUCAGGCAAUUCUUACACACAUUAGAGUAUGAGAGGCACCGCUACAGAUGAUGUUUUGCGUCUUAAGGCAACAUAGUCUAUGAGAAGGUGCUAUGGAUUAGGAGUGGGGGGUAUGGCGGCUGAACGCCAUGUGUUAAGUCGAUUUCCCUCUCUGCGCCUCAUCUGGAAAGCGAGGAGGCUACUCCAGACAAACCCUCACGGUCCCUCCAGACCUGACAGCCUAAUAAGUUCUAGCUGCCUCAUGCCAACCACAUCAGAUGGAAACCCAGAGUCCUGGUUGUGUAAGCCGGCCCCCUGUUUACAUGUGGUCCUGGACACCCAGGUAACUCCCCUGUGCCCGGCCCACCCCCCGGGAGUUGGCCCGCAUCCUGCAGUCCAGUCCCUCUCCCAUCCCUCUUCAGUCCUCUUGCCUACUGUUUCAUCUUCCACUGGUGACAACGGAAGCCAGCCUUUUGCAUCAACCUCAGUUGCAUCCCCAAGGCUGUGGGACUUAGUUCUCUCCUUGCUCUGCCUGCAGCAGGCAAGUUUACCUCACUGGGGCUCACUCCCCAGCUUUCUCCCCAUCUCGCCACCCCUCCCCAAAGCCAAAUUAGGAACCAGCAAGAUUCUGUCUUCCUUGCCCAUGAUUCAUUAAAUCUCCAAAUGUUUGCAGAGCACCUGUGAGGACAAGGCCCUGUAAGGAAGGGAUCUGGGAAGGCAGCAGUGAAGCCAGCCUGGGUUCCUGACCCUGUGGGGCUGACACUGAGCAGAAGACAGAUAUUAAGCAUGUAACGACACCUUCGAUACAUUCUUUACCAUUCAUUGAUUCCGUCCACAGUCAUUUCUUGGACACCCAUGAUGUACCAGGCACUCUGCUAGGCACUUGGGACUCAUCAUCGGUGAAAAAACACACAAAAUUCCUGCUCUUCUCAGUUGUAAGAUUGCUCUAAGUGCUAUAGAGGUAUGGGUUUGUGCAUCUGCCACUCCUCCCCAUGAAGGUUUAGAAAGCACCAACGAUUAAUUACAUUUUCUCUUGUCUUCUCUUGGGAAAAACUCCAAUCCUGUUAAGCCCUGAGAAGAGAUCUCAUUCUCUGUCUAAAUCCCCCAGCAGGGGCAGGAUGUGGGACCCUUUGCAUUCCUCCCCAUCUAUUUAAGUGGCUCAGCCCAGAUCCCAGAGUCAGGUCAGCCCCUGGCCAGUGGGGAGCUCCCCUCCCAGGAGGCUGGGCCCUGCCUGGGUGUGGGGGAGAUUCCUGCCUCGGACCCCACUCCCCUGCCUCAGUCUUCCUCUUCUCUCCUGGUCUCUUCCCUCCCUCUCCCCUGCCUUCUUCUUUCCCUUUCCUCCUAAGCGGUGACCAUCUUCCCCGCAAGGCGCAGACACGGCCAUCGCUCCCCCAAAGUGGACCAUGCACUGCAGCUGUUUGGCCGAGGGCAUCCCAGCCAUCGCUGGCAACUCCUGGAUCUCAGGCUUGGCUUUCCCUGACUGGGCCUACAAAGCCGAGUCAUCCCCGGGCUCCCGGCAGAUCCAGCUGUGGCACUUCAUCCUGGAGCUGCUGCAGAAGGAAGAGUUCCGCCAUGUCAUCGCCUGGCAGCAGGGAGAGUACGGGGAAUUUGUUAUCAAGGAUCCAGACGAGGUGGCCCGCCUCUGGGGCCGCAGGAAAUGCAAGCCACAGAUGAAUUAUGACAAGCUGAGCCGGGCCCUCAGGUAUUACUACAAUAAGAGGAUCCUGCACAAGACCAAAGGCAAAAGGUUCACUUACAAGUUCAACUUCAGCAAGCUCAUCGUAGUCAACUAUCCUCUGUGGGAGGUGUGGGCUCCGCCAUCCCCCCACUUGCUGCUGGGGACCCCUGCCCUGUUUCGGCCAGCCCUGGUGCCCAUGGGCGUGCAGAGUGAGCUCUUGCACAGCAUGCUCUUCACCCAUCGGGCCAUGGUGGAGCAGCUGGCUGGACAGCGGACCCCUGGAGGGCCACCAGAGGCGUCUGGGGACAAGAAGGGGAGCAGCAGCCUUGUCCACCGCCUUGUCCCUGCCCCAGCCCCCUGCCGGCUGAGCCCUUGCUGCCAUUUGGGGAGCCUCCGAGACGAGCUGCCCAGUUACGCCUCCUUCCCCCCUCCCGCCCCAUCCCUUCUCCCCUCCGACUGGCCACGCCUCCCAGGGCCCUUCCUGCCCCGUCUCCCCGCAGAGCAGCAGUUCCCAGGGUCCUCCAAGCCAGAACCUCUGCUCCCAGGACCCGCGUGCCCCUCAGCGGCCCGCCACUUUCCGGGGAUUCCCCUGUUGACCGAGCUGGGACAGGAGGCUGGUGAGGGGCUCCGGCUCUUGUCCCUGAGGCCGGAGGUAAAGUCCGAUCCCACGAUGGGGUCAAAGGGGCACCUGGAUCCCAGGGAGGGCUUCUCCUCGGAGAUGCACGGACCCAAAACUGGGGAGGAAAGCCCUGUGUCCCCCAAUCUGGAGAACUUCAAAGCAGUGUGGCCCUUGGAUCCUCCUUAACUGGGGAGGAAGAUGUCAGGUGGGGGGUUCCCCCAAACCCUCUCCCUCCUCUUGUCUACCUCCUUUCUGGCUUUGCACCUUCCCUGGCUGGAGACAGGUUUAAACUGCAGGAGGAUCUGAAGGGCUGGUGUUGGACC